GGCCACAGGACCACCUCCCCGGAGAAUAGGGCCCCUGUAUGGCAUGUGGCUGGUAACUUUCCUCCUGCUCCUGGACUCUUUGCACAAAGCCCGCCCCGAAGAUGUUGGCACCAGCCUCUACUUUGUAAAUGACUCCUUGCAGCAGGUGACCUUCUCCAGCUCUGUCGGGGUGGUGGUGCCCUGCCCGGCCACGGGCUCUCCCAGCGCGGCCCUCCGAUGGUACCUGGCCACAGGGGACGACAUCUACGACGUGCCGCACAUCCGGCACGUGCACGCCAACGGGACGCUGCAGCUCUACCCCUUCUCCCCCUCCGCCUUCAACAGCUUUAUCCACGACAAUGACUAUUUCUGCACCGCGGAAAACGCUGCCGGCAAGAUCCGGAGCCCCAACAUCCGCGUCAAAGCAGUUUUCAGGGAACCCUACACCGUCCGGGUGGAGGAUCAAAGGUCAGUGCGUGGAAACGUGGCCGUCUUCAAGUGCCUCAUCCCCUCCUCAGUGCAGGAAUAUGUUAGCGUUGUAUCCUGGGAGAAAGACACAGUCUCCAUCAUCCCAGAUAACAGGUUUUUUAUUACUUACCACGGCGGGCUGUACAUCUCAGACGUGCAGAAGGAGGACGCCCUCUCCACCUACCGCUGCAUCACCAAGCACAAGUAUAGCGGGGAGACCCGGCAGAGCAACGGGGCCCGCCUCUCUGUGACAGACCCUGCUGAGUCCCUCCCCACCAUCCUGGACGGCUUCCACUCCCGGGAAGUGUGGGCCGGCCACACUGUGGAGCUGCCCUGCACCGCCUCGGGCUACCCUAUCCCUGCCAUCCGCUGGCUCAAGGAUGGCCGGCCCCUCCCGGCCGAUAGCCGCUGGACCAAGCGCAUCACGGGGCUGACCAUCAGUGACCUGCGGACCGAGGACAGUGGCACCUACAUUUGUGAGGUCACCAACACCUUCGGCUCAGCAGAGGCCACCGGCACCCUCACGGUCAUCGACCCCCUUCAUGUGACCCUGACACCAAAGAAGCUGAAGACCGGCAUUGGCAGCACAGUCAUCCUCUCCUGUGCCCUGACGGGCUCCCCGGAGUUCACCAUCCGCUGGUACCGCAACACCGAGCCACUGCUGCCUGGCGACGCCAUCUCCAUCCGCGGGCUCAGCAACGAGACCCUGCUCAUCACCGCGGCCCAGAAGAGCCAUUCCGGGGCCUACCAGUGCUUCGCCACCCGCAAGGCCCAGACCGCCCAGGACUUCGCCAUCAUUGUGCUCGAGGACGGCACCCCCCGCAUCGUCUCGUCCUUCAGCGAGAAGGUGGUCAAUCCGGGGGAGCAGUUCUCACUGAUGUGUGCGGCCAAGGGUGCCCCGCCCCCCACCGUCACCUGGGCCCUGGACGAUGAGCCCAUCUUGCGGGACAGCAGCCACCGCACGAACCAGUACACCAUGUCGGAUGGCACCACCAUCAGCCACAUGAACGUCACGGGCCCCCAGAUCCGAGACGGGGGCGUGUACCGGUGCAUGGCUCGGAACUCGGUGGGCAGUGCUGAGUAUCAGGCGCGAAUAAACGUAAGAGGUGCCUGUCUACAUUUAAAUAUCAGAAUAGGCUUUUGA